AUGAAAAGGUGUCAGCAAUUCCACCGCAGCAUUGGUAGCAUCACCCCAGGCUCUGUUGGAAAGGUUCGGGAACAUAAAACUGCAGAUUCUCUUCAGUUCAUAGAGAUAGAGGCUAAGAUAUGGCAGCAAUUCGACGAUAAAGAGACGGUACUGCGUCAGCAGCUUGAUGAGAAAGAGACAGCAAUACGUCAGCAGUAUAAAGAGGAUCUCGCAGCAAACCUUGCGGCAGGUUAUGUGAACCCCAAAUUAGAGAAAUCUCGGUAAUCUAAUUUACAACCAGCAUUACAAGGAGGAUCUUACGGAGAAGGAGGAAAAGCUUUACCAGCGGUACAAGCGUGAUCUGGCGGAGAAAGAUGCAAAAAUUGAUGAAAAGGAGGAAAGGCUUUACCAGCGGUACAAGCGUGAUCUUGCGGAGAAGGAGGAGUCAAAUCAAAUCCAAUCCCUUGAGUUUAUGAAGCUAGGUGUAAGUUAUACCACCUCUGAAUUGGAAAGGCGCGGAGCUAUAAUGUCUUAGCAGAAUAGGAUGAUCAAUGAAUACACGGAAAAGCUGAAACUGGAAGGACGUUUCAACAUCCGUGGCGCUAUUGGUCUGAACUCUGCAGUCACCACCAUUGGCCAGGUACUAACACAGGUGCCCAGAGAGAAUGAUUUACCAUGCUUGUGCCCUACGGAAGUUACAGGAGUAUAAGGGCAUGCAGGAUGGCCUGGUCAAACUAGCGGAGAGACCAGAGUUCAAGUCUGCUCUCCAAGCGGAAGCAGACAAAUGGAAGCUAGUUCCUGAUCAAAUUAAAGCCUGUGUUCCUCACCUGUACCAUAAACUGUCUCUCCACGCGCAUGGCAAUGACGCUAUGAUAACUAUCCGUGAAAAAGAUUUUCAUUUUCACGAAAGAGCAGCUCUCGUGGCCCUGAUGAGCAUGGAGGGCAAGUGGCCAAAUGGGCUUGCCUGGAAAGAAGAAUUGGUAGUGAGGAAGAAGAAAUAA